ACGCGUCACCGGUGGGCUGGUUUCAUCGGCGUGCGCGGAGAGCCUGAAAGACUUUGGUUUCUUCAGCACAGACGCAGCGCAAGACCGACUGGAUUGCCGCACAGAAAAGCAAAGUUAACUAUUUCUCAGAACCGGUUCGGGCAAAUACAGUACGGUAGGCUAAUCUACGCAAGGGCGACGAAGCCGUUCAAACUAACUCGGAUACAUAACCGGGCAUGUCUCAGAACUGGAAGAGAACGCAUGUUUGACCUACACCAGGACAGACAGCGUGUCAUCCGCACUUGCUUGCCAGCUGCCUAUUCAGCGACAGAAACACGUUGAAACACCAGGAUCGCUCCGGUGGCCGGGAAGCUCCCACGUUUGACGGGACGUGAAGUAGCCGACGCAGACCAGCUGACUUGGAAACACAAGCUGCGAUAUUUUUUCCACUGUGGCAGCGCCAAGAGAACCCGACUGAAAAGUGGGAUUGCUGGGAUUUCACAUAAAUGCGACCUUUUCUUUUUUGUAACCUGACUUCUAACACAGGCGUGCAAGUGAACAUUUUCCAUCGUGCCACAUUGAAAUUAACAAGGAAUUUACUAUCACAUGAUGUACACAAUAACUAGAGGUCCUAGCAAACUUGUUACACAACGAAGAACAGGUCCCACGCAGCAGAUUGAAAACAAAAUCAACGAUUUGAAACACAAGCAGACCCCCUGGCCAGACGCAAAUUUUCCUGCGCCGAAGCUGGUGUUUAACCGUUUGAACGGGAAGCGAUACCACACUCCUCCAGCCCCGCAGGUCGACAGGCAAACAGAGUGCUUCACCGCAGCUCACGAGGAGAAUGUCAAGUUUGUGUACGAAGCCUGGCAGGAGGUGGAGCAGCAGCUUGGCUCUGGCGGUCAGUGUGAGAACGGCCACCAGGAGCAGCGGCAAAGCCUAGUGCAGUACUCAGAGAAGAGCUCCAGCCCAGCUAUGAAGAACUUUGUGCCCAUCGACCUGGACGAGUGGUGGGCCCAGCGCUUCCUGGCCAACAUUGCCAACCUGUCAUGAGGUCAAAGGUGAAAGGAGCACAGGAAGCCUCACGGGACCCAAGCAGACAGGAGGGCGGUCCGUUUCUGAGCUGCAGCACAGAGGGGGAGGAGCAGAGACCCCAGCCCCUCCACGUGCGAUGCGACCCUGACAUUUUCCAGUUCGCUAUUUUACGAUUCCUAGUGGCCUCUGUCUACAGCCCUGCGUCCACUGACCUCCGUCCAGCUGGCCAAUCAGGAGAAGGAAGAUGCAUUUGUUUAUCAUGUCUCACGUUUGUUUCCUGUGAAAGGCCCCUACGCUGUGUAUCGAGAGCAUGUCUGUUUAACCUGGCUGGUGUUUACAUCAAAACAAAAAAAACG